UCCCCUCUUUUUUUACUUUCAUUCCCAUUGUUUUCUUCCAUUUCCAACUCUCUCAAUUCUCAAAGCCACCAUUUUUUUUUUUCUAUUUGACACCAAAGUCUCAUAGAAAAAAAAAAUCCCAAAUUCUCUAUAUGCAUAACCUUUGUUUCCACCACAUAGAUUUUCUCAACUUGUUCAAUCACAAAACUUCGUCCAUAUGAACACAAUCAGAUUCCUCAUCAAACCAACCAUGAAAUCCACUUCCAAAAUCCUCUCCUCAUGUCGAAACUCACAGUUUUUCAAUCCAAACUCGCAGACCCAAGCACACCCUUUUCGUGUUUUGGUCUCUGCUCGCUUUAUUCGCAAUACCCACAUGGCUUUUCGAUUCCCAAGCUCAGGUUUUUACCAGUCUAAGCCUAAUGGUAUUGGUGGGUUUUCCAAUGGUAGGGGUAGCUAUAUUGUUUCUAGGGUGCUUUCCACUGCUGUGGAGACACGCGUGAAUGAGAACAGCUUUGAGAGAAUCUAUGUGCAAGGUAACAAUGGUGGCAUGAAUGUGAAGCCAUUGGUGGUAGAGAGAAUUGACAAAGAUGAGAAUAUGGUUGCGGAAGAAGGCUCUAGGAUAGAGGUUGAUGGUGGUGUUGGUGUUGGUGAUGUGAAUUUAAGGAAUUUGGAGGGUUUGAUUGAACCCAAGGUGGUGGUGGAGGAGAGUGAGGUGGAGAAAGAAGCAUGGAGGUUGUUGAGAGAGGCUGUUGUGUAUUAUUGCGGGAGUCCUGUGGGGACGGUGGCGGCGAAUGACCCCGGGGAUAAGCAACCAUUGAAUUAUGAUCAGGUGUUUAUCAGGGAUUUCGUCCCCUCAGCACUUGCAUUCUUGCUUAAAGGAGAAGGAGAGAUUGUUAGGAACUUUCUCCUUCAUACCUUGCAAUUGCAGAGUUGGGAGAAAACAGUGGACUGCUAUAGCCCAGGGCAGGGCUUGAUGCCUGCAAGCUUUAAAGUUAGAACUGUGCCUCUCGAGGAAAAUAAGUAUGAAGAAGUUCUAGAUCCAGAUUUUGGUGAAUCAGCUAUUGGUCGUGUUGCACCUGUGGAUUCUGGGUUGUGGUGGAUUAUCCUAUUGAGGGCUUAUGGAAAACUCACUGGUGACUAUGCAUUACAAGAAAGGGUGGAUGUUCAGACUGGCUUAAAAAUGAUACUGAACUUGUGUUUAACCGAUGGGUUUGAUAUGUUUCCUUCUCUGUUGGUCACUGAUGGCUCCUGCAUGAUAGACCGGCGGAUGGGUAUUCACGGUCACCCCCUCGAGAUCCAAGCCCUGUUUUACUCAGCUCUUCGCUGCUCCCGUGAAAUGCUUGCUGUAAAUGAUGGAUCCAAGAAUCUGGUGAGAGCCAUCAACAAUAGGCUCAGUGCACUGUCUUUCCACAUAAGAGAAUACUAUUGGGUGGACAUGAAAAAAAUCAAUGAGAUUUACCGAUAUAAAACGGAGGAAUAUUCCAUGGAUGCCACCAACAAAUUCAAUAUCUAUCCUGAACAAAUUCCUUCUUGGCUGAUGGAUUGGAUUCCAGAGGAAGGCGGCUAUAUGAUGGGUAAUCUACAGCCUGCUCACAUGGAUUUUAGGUUUUUCACGCUUGGAAAUCUUUGGUCUAUUGUUUCAUCUUUGGGCACUCCAAGACAAAAUACAGCUAUGUUAAAUCUCAUUGAAGCCAAAUGGGAUGAUCUUGUGGGCCAUAUGCCACUUAAGAUAUGCUACCCUGCCUUUGAGUUUGAGGAAUGGCGAAUAAUCACUGGCAGUGACCCUAAGAAUACCCCAUGGUCAUAUCAUAAUGGUGGAUCCUGGCCGACACUCCUGUGGCAGUUCACAUUGGCAUGCAUGAAGAUGGGCAGAUUUGAACUAGCCCAAAAAGCUGUUGAUUUGGCUGAGAAGAGGCUUCCAGUUGACCAUUGGCCUGAAUAUUAUGAUACCCAGACAGGGAGGUUUAUUGGAAAGCAAGCCCGACAUUUCCAAACGUGGACUGUUGCUGGGUUUCUUGCAUCUAAAUUGCUCUUGCAGAAUCCAGAGAUGGCUUCCAUGUUAUUCUGGGAGGAGGAUUAUGAGCUUCUUGAGAUCUGUGUUUGUGCACUUAGCAAGAGUGGUCGGAAGAAAUGCUCUCGCUUUGCUGCAAAGUCUCAGAUACUUGUAUAAUGAGAAUUCAUUUUCCGGAAGUCGGGACUCAACACCUUUUUACUGUACAGCCACAAGUGUAGGAUAGAGUUUAUUAGUGUUUGAUAAAGAAAAAAAAUAUCAACCUCAAAGUGCAACAUAAAGCAUUCGUUUUACGUGUUGCUGUACAAUAAUAAUGUCAUUUGUCACCCGAUUAAUUGAUAUAGUUGAUCGGCUUUAGAGGAUAAAAUGACCAUGUUGAGGUGCCUUAUUUCAUGGCGCCUUGCUUUGGUCAUCUAUAUGUAAAUUCUAACAAGUACAACAUGUUUACCAAUUCAUUUACCCAUUACAAGGCAGUGGGUGAGAUAUAAAAAGGGGAUUCUUUUAUAGCCA